AAUCCCUCGCGGGCCGGGAGCGGGGGGAGGGAGGUGCGAGGCUCGGGUCUCGCUCGGUGCGGCAGCAGGACUGGUAGGAUGUGGCCGGGAAGCGGGCUCGACCUGGGCCCCGUGUGGUCGCUGCGCGCUCGGCAGCUGGAGCAGAGACUGCGGACUAAAGAAGAAAGAAUAGUUGUACUGGAAACUGAAAAUGCCCUUCUUCAUUUAAAACUUGCAGAGUAUCAGGGGUUCGCUGGAAGAAGCACUGAUGAAGUUUUGCAGCUCUACUCUGCUCACAGACAGCAACAGACACUGCAGAGCAGCUCUCUUGUAACACAGCUUCACAGAGCAAUACAGAGACUUAAGCAAGACCUGAAGAGCCUCCAUUCUUUUGCUCUCGAGCUUUCAAAAGACUUUCAGCAUCAAUGCAAGACUUAUCUUUACCAAGUUUUGACAGCGGUCCAAAGGAUACAGCUGCAAAAUGAAGCAAUGCAAAUGUUCCAGAUAAAAGCUUUUGAUCUUGAGCAGUCCCUACAAGAGGUAACGGAGAGAUACGAGAAGGAAAAGCAUAAGAGGAGAGCUCUACAUAACAGUUUAGUUGAAUUAAGAGGAAAUAUCAGAGUCCACUGCAGGAUCCGACCAUUACUAGCUUUUGAUACUGCUGCUGGACAUACAAUACCACAAGAUAGGCAAAGAAACUUUUCUGAAAAAGUGGCAUAUGCAGCUGAUGAUGAAACUGUCCUUGUAAAGUGUAACCGUCCUGGUCAUGCAUCAAUAAACAAGACUUUUCAGUUUGAGAGAGUUUACAAUGCUUCUGAGUCUCAAGACACAGUGUUUGCAGAUGUGGCCCCUUUGCUAACUUCUCUUUUGGAUGGGUACAAUGUGUGUAUCAUGGCUUAUGGACAGACUGGAAGUGGGAAGACAUAUACAAUGUUGGGACCACAAUUAGAGGAGAACUUUGCAUUCUCCAUAGAAGAUGAAUCAGAACUUGGAAUUAUUCCUCGAGCUACCCAAGAAGUGUUCAGGCUUAUUUCAGAAAAGCCACCAGGAAGUUACUGGGUUGAGGUUUCUGUUGUAGAAGUAUAUAAUAAUGAAAUUUUUGAUCUUCUGGCCAAAGACAGUUGUGGAAGAGUAUUUGGCGUCAAACGCGAUGUUGUCACAACCAGAGAAGGAAAGAGUGAUGUUCCAUUGCUUACAUAUGAAACUGUUGAAAAUGCAUCUGAAUUCUUGCAUCUAGUAAAUAAAGGCCUGCAGUUGAGAGUCAGACACCCAACACUGGUGCAUGCUCAUUCCUCUCGUUCUCAUCUGGUAGUUACAUUGACUAUAACCACAAUUGUCUCUGGAGAUAACUUUGGUAUUUCAUGGGAAGAUGAACUAACCAGUCAGAAGCGAAAUAAAGAAGUUUCCUGCACCUUUCCGCAGAAAAUGAGGGAAAAUAAAUCCACCUUUUCUUCCAGGGCCUCUUCACCAGCACAAUUUGAAACAACUGAAAAACCGAAGCAAAUCAAAACUAGACUGCAGCUGGUGGAUCUGGCUGGUAGCGAGUGUGUCGGUAUGUCUGGAGUGACAGGUGCAGCACUGAGAGAGACAUCAUUUAUUAACCGCAGCUUGUCUGCUCUGGCAGAUGUUCUUGGAGCAAUAGCAGAACAGCGAUCUCAUGUACCAUAUCGAAACAGCAAACUUACGCAUCUGCUCCAGGAUGCUGUAGGAGGUGAUGCUAAACUGCUGGUGAUGCUGUGCAUCUCUCCUGACCAGAAGUACUUAGCAGAAUCGAUGCAGUCUUUGGGAUUUGGAACUCGUGCUCGGCAAGUUCAGAGAGGGCAACUCAAGAAAAAAAAUCUCCCAGUGCCGAGUAAAGCAAAAUAAAACCUAAGACUCCUGUGGAUUAAAGUAUUAUUAAUGAGUUCCUCAGACUGAAAUGUAUAUUGUUGUCCUAAAGCCAUUCUUCUAGAUAUCAACUGCCAGAUAAAAUAAACAUUCCUCAAUAUGGCGUUAGCAAGCCAUAAACCUGCUGAUAAUGUUCUUGCUCCAGGGAUAACAAGUACUGACAACAGCUACCAACCAUGACGGAAUGGCACAGAAAGAGAUGAGGCUUUUUUUCGGAGAGCUACUUCAAGACGUGAUUUUGGUGAUGUGUUUCCUUUGGGCAAGGAAGUAGAACAAGGUCAACAGAACCCUGAUUUUAGGAUGGCUCACUUCAGCAACGCCAAGGCUGUAUUUUGUUAUUUCAGUAGAAGGCAGGCAUGAGUCAAACUAUCAUUCAAUGCUUCAAAGCAGCAAAUGAAAAACUCCCACCAGCCUGGAUGAAAAUGAGACAUGCCAUUCUUGGCAUGUUCUUCUUUCUAGCAUGGGGUCAUUCCUAAUGCAUUAUCAGCAGACAGGAGUGUAGAGUAUUGAAUGGGGUUGGGCUUGCUGAUUUUUGACAUGAAAUAAUGACAACAGUGAGAUGGAGAAAAGGAAUUAGGCUGUAUCUGUUAUCCUUCCGGAAUGUAGCUCAGGAAGUAAAUAAGGGAUUAUACAGCUUUUGUAAAACAUGCUCAGGUGAAAUGGUUGGAGUGAAUUCCACCUCUACUGAGUUCUCUAGGAAUAAUGCUUUGCCUGUUUUUUGGUCCAUGAGUGAUGAAAGGCACUAAACUACAGCUUCUCAUGACUAAUGGGACCUAACUAACUUGUACAACUGUUUUAGUAGCAGACUUGCUUGUUGUUUCAUUUGCAUUUCUGUAGUACAUAAGUUAACCAGAGCACGACUCUAAAGUCAUGUCUGCACAUUAGAGAAGGAUGACUAGAAGCUUCCCAACUACCGAGUGAAUAAAACACCAAGAACCCAGUUUAUGAUACAAUGCUUGUUAUCUUCAAUGGGCUUUUACCAUCUUUUAUCAAUGCUGAAAUCACAUCAUGAGGGGUUUCUGAAUGAAGUUAUGUGAGGAGAAGUUUCAAGUAAAUUUAAGCAAUGCUUAAGAUGAGAAGUGGUUCUGAGAUACAUAGUUGGGUUCUAGUAACAUCUGGUGGGUUUCAUGCACUGGUUGUUUAUUGCUCAGCAGAGGCCUCAAGAUUCACUCUGAAUUUUUGCCUCCAGUAAUCACUCUGCCUCCAGACCAGGAGAGAGGUCACUGGUAGGUCACUGAAAGAAGGCUUAAAUUGCAGUUGCCUGCCCAAAAGGCUGGAGUUUUUAGUACUCCAAGUCACUUAACCUUCACAAGCAUAAAUAUUUAUACAGAGAUUAUAUAGCAUACUACUAUUGGAAUUUCACCCUUGAAUAUAUAACAGCUGCUAUAUUGCAUGCAGUGCUCUGGUGUUCAGAACAUUAGCAUUGCAACUGGAAAGUUGUAAUAAUACUUGUUUUUCUAAAUAAUGUUGCAGACGUAAAAAUGCUUUAACUUUACCUGAUACCAGCUGUAACAGAAGGGCAGAAAAAUCUGGACACACGACCUUAUGAAGCUGAAUGGUCACUAAGGCAAUCUCACAUAAAGUGCUAGAUGGAGGAAUGUUAGCCUAUUAAAUGAAACACAGGAGCAGACAGCUUCAAACUUGCCAUAAUCUCAUGACAGUUAGGCUACUAAAUCACCCAAGAUUAGAGCUCUAAAAGGGGUUAAGUGAUAGGAGAGGGCUAGCUGACUCCACCGGCAUCUUUAAGUUCCUCAAAUAUUUCUGAGGAUUUGGCACCUUCUAAAGUGGUACAUACGCAUGUAACUUGUCAUAAACUGUGCUUUCUUUUCUGAAA